AAAAUCCCCCAUUACCCCGCAAGAUAGAUUUUUUUAACCUUCCUAUGUGUUCCUGCACAUUCCCCAUCGUUAACAAAAUGUGAACCACAGUUUGGUUUAACGAGACACGAUCGUAAAGCACUUCUUCCGCCAAGUUCACCGAGCAAUGUCAUCCCAUCGGCAGCAAACCAUCGUUCAGUAUGCAAUACUUAUUGCCGCCUCACUGCUCUCCUACGGUGGAUCACUUUAUGGUACAUUUGUUUUCGACGAUUCUGCGGCAAUCGUAAAGAAUAUGGACGUGCGGAACGUGGCUACUCCGUUGCGUGUUUUACUACGACACGAUUUCUGGGGCAACAACUUAACCGACCCGACGAGCCACAGAUCAUUCCGCCCACUAACCGUGCUCAGCUACCAAACGGAAAGCCGCUAUCUUGGCCUCAAUGCGGCACACAUGAAGAAGGUGAACUUUGUUCUGCAUACAGUGGUUUGCCUGCUGGUGAUGCGGGUUUAUCAAACACUGUCUCGUGAAAGUGGUCAAUUUCGGACAGCAUUCUGGGCCGCUUUCCUGUUCACCGUCCAUCCGGUGCACACCGAAGCCGUCGUCGGAAUAGUGGGUAGAGCAGAUCUACUUGCGGCCCUUGGCUACAUCAGUGUGCUUCUGCUCUACCAGCGUUGGGUAGACGGUGGCCAUCGGUUCGGUGUCUUCGUUUACCCUUUGCUCUUCACCCUGACCGGCGUUUCGAUGCUUUGUAAAGAAACCGGAGUAACCGCUCUCGCCGCUUGUGGAGCAAUAGAUCUGCUAAAGAAAAUUAAGUGGCCACUUCGUGGUUCCGCUCGUGAUCUAGCUAGCCUGUAUCGAUCCUGUCUUGCAAGGGUUGCUGUGCUGACGUUGCUCUCCUUCAUCGCACUUACCUUGCGAUUGUGGAUUAUGGACUUUGAAAGCCCACGAUUCCAUCGAAUGGAUAAUCCGGUCGGGGCGAGCAACAGCACCAUGACAAGAAUACUUUCUCAGAGUUAUCUCUACUGGCUCAAUCUAUGGCUGCUGGCCUGUCCAGACUGGUUAAGCUUCGAUUGGGCAUUGGGCUCGGUGCCGCUUGUAGAAAGUAUUCUUGACUAUCGAAUUUCCCUAGUCAUACUGUUUUACGGAUUGGUCAUCACACUUGCCAUUCGUUCAUCGACUGCAAAUCGCAACGAAAUUACAGCCUCUUUGGCCCUAACCAUCAUACCUUUUCUACCUGCUUGCGGUCUGGUGCGCGUUGGAUUCGUGAUAGCCGAAAGACUGUUGUAUCUUCCAUCCAUUGGCUUUUGUUAUCUUGUUGCGGCAGGAUGUCGCCGAUUGAUCAAGCGUUCACUUCUCUUCUAUAUCCCGCUUUGCUUCGUCUGCACCAUGUUUAUCCUUAAAACACAAUCCCGCUCCCAUGAAUGGACGUCGGAGGAUCUUUUGUUCCGCUCCGCUCUUCGGGUGUGUCCGCGCAAUGCCAAGGUGUACUACAACAUUGCUCGCUUAGCGACCGAUCAGGGCGAUCGAGAGACGGCCUUCGCGUUCUAUCGUCACGCCAUUAAACUUCACCCAGACUACGAGGCGGCCCACAUGAAUCUUGGCAAUUUGUAUCGCGAAACACACGAUCUCUUCACGGCCGAAAAGCACUUACGGAGGGCGAUUGAAAUACACGAGCCUUUUCCUUCAGCGUGGAUGAAUCUUGGCAUUGUACAGGCUGCGCAAAAGAACUACGACGCCGCCCUUGCAAGCUAUCAGCGAGCGCUUGAACUGAAGCCCAACUAUGCCAACUGUUUGUACAACUUGGGAAACUUGUACAUCGAUAUGAAUAAUUCGACGAUGGCGCUUCGCUACUGGCGGGAAGCGAUUCAGAAAAACCCCCGCCACAGCAAAGCGUGGGCCAAUAUUCUGGCUCUUUACGACAAUCGAGGGCGGACGGAAGACAUCAUCCGAACAUCCACCGUGGCGCUCAGUUUUCUCCCAAACGAUACGGCGAUAUUGUUUACACGAGCAAAUGCGUACGGUAAGCUUGCGCAGUACGAGGCAGCUGAAGCACUUUAUCGGCAGAUUAUAACCGCACGACCAGACUAUGCCGUGUAUCGGGCUAACUUGGGCGUACUCUAUCAUCGGUGGGGUCAACGGGAGGCUCAAGCGAUGGAACAGUAUCGGGCGGCGCUGCGACUCGAUCCCAAUUUGCGAAGCGCGAAAACAAAUCUGCUCAAGCUGAUGGACGCCACGUGAAGCACUCGGGAAACCGAAUCAGUUGAGACGCGGAAGCAUUUACAUUUUAAACGGUUGUGGAGAAAUUACUCAGAACUGGUAGCAACGACGGCAUUCAUCGAGACAUGUUUUAAACGUUAUCUUUACACAACAUAGUUAUCGAAAGCAGCAUAUCCUUAUUAAAAGUAAGCAAUAACUUAUACAUCGAAAGAAU